CCAUUUUGUGCACGGCUUGAGCGGUGGGCGCUUCUCGGUGAAAAGGGGAGGCCGCUGCCGCCGCCGCGAUGUAUAUUAAGCAGGUAAUUAUCCAGGGAUUUAGAAGUUACAGAGAUCAAACUAUAGUAGAUCCCUUCAGUUCAAAGCAUAAUGUCAUUGUGGGCAGAAAUGGUUCCGGAAAAAGCAACUUUUUCUAUGCAAUUCAGUUCGUCCUCAGUGAUGAAUUUAGUCAUCUUCGUCCUGAGCAAAGGCUGGCUUUGUUGCAUGAAGGCACAGGACCUCGGGUUAUCUCUGCUUUUGUGGAAAUUAUUUUUGACAACUCGGACAACAGAUUACCAAUUGAUAAGGAAGAGGUAUCUCUUCGUAGAGUCAUUGGAGCUAAAAAAGACCAAUAUUUCUUAGACAAGAAAAUGGUGACGAAAAAUGAUGUCAUGAACCUCCUUGAAAGUGCUGGAUUUUCUCGCAGCAAUCCCUAUUAUAUUGUUAAGCAAGGAAAGAUCAAUCAGAUGGCCACAGCUCCUGAUUCUCAGAGAUUAAAAUUGCUAAGAGAAGUAGCUGGAACUAGAGUAUAUGAUGAACGUAAAGAAGAGAGUAUUUCCUUGAUGAAGGAGACAGAAGGGAAAAGGGAGAAAAUAAAUGAGCUAUUGAAGUAUAUUGAAGAGCGAUUACAUACACUGGAAGAAGAAAAGGAAGAAUUAGCUCAAUAUCAAAAAUGGGAUAAAAUGAGAAGAGCACUGGAAUAUACCAUUUAUAAUCAGGAACUAAAUGAAACCAGAGCUAAGCUUGAUGAACUUUCAGCCAAACGAGAAACAAGUGGAGAAAAAUCUAGGCAAUUAAGAGAUGCACAACAGGAUGCUCGAGAUAAAAUGGAGGAAAUUGAAAGACAAGUCCGUGAACUGAAAACAAAGAUUUCAGCUAUGAAAGAAGAGAAGGAGCAACUCAGUGCUGAGCGACAAGAACAGAUAAAACAAAGGACCAAGUUAGAGCUUAAAGCAAAAGAUUUGCAAGAUGAACUUGCUGGAAAUAGUGAGCAACGGAAAAGACUGUUGAAGGAGAGACAGAAACUUCUUGAAAAAAUUGAAGAAAAGCAGAAAGAAUUGGCAGAAACAGAACCCAAGUUCAAUAGUGUAAAAGAAAGAGAAGAACGAGGAAUUGCCAGACUAGCACAGGCUACCCAGGAGAGAACUGAUCUUUAUGCAAAGCAAGGUCGAGGAAGUCAAUUUACCUCUAAAGAAGAGAGAGAUAAAUGGAUUAAGAAAGAACUCAGGUCCUUAGAUCAAGCUAUCAAUGACAAGAAAAGACAGAUUGCUGCUAUACAUAAGGAUUUGGAAGAUACAGAGGCUAACAAAGAGAAGAACCUAGAACAGUACAGUAAAUUGGAUCAAGAUCUCAAUGAAGUGAAAGCUCGUGUUGAAGAACUGGACAGAAAAUAUUAUGAAGUAAAAAACAAAAAAGAUGAGCUACAGAGUGAAAGAAAUUAUUUGUGGAGAGAAGAGAAUGCAGAACAGCAAGCUCUUGCUGCAAAGAGAGAGGAUUUGGAAAAGAAACAACAACUUCUUAGAGCAGCAACAGGAAAGGCUAUUCUAAAUGGCAUUGAUAGCAUAAACAAGGUUCUGGAGCACUUUCGUCGUAAAGGUAUUAAUCAACAUGUUUUGAAUGGCUAUCAUGGAAUAGUGAUGAAUAACUUUGAAUGUGAGCCUGCCUUCUACACCUGUGUUGAAGUUACUGCAGGAAAUAGGUUGUUUUAUCACAUUGUAGAUUCUGAUGAAGUUAGUACUAAAAUACUGAUGGAGUUCAAUAAAAUGAAUCUACCAGGGGAGGUGACUUUUCUUCCUCUGAACAAACUGGAUGUUAGAGACACUGCAUAUCCUGAAACAAAUGAUGCCAUUCCAAUGAUCAGUAAACUGAGGUACAAUCCAAGAUUUGAUAAAGCCUUUAAACAUGUUUUUGGAAAGACUCUUAUUUGUCGAAGUAUGGAAGUAUCUACACAGCUGGCUAGAGCUUUUACUAUGGAUUGUAUUACUUUGGAAGGUGAUCAAGUCAGUCACAGAGGGGCUUUAACUGGAGGUUAUUAUGAUACAAGAAAGUCUAGACUUGAACUCCAAAAAGAUGUUAGGAAAGCAGAAGAGGAACUUGGAGAGCUUGAAGCAAAACUCAAUGAAAAUCUACGCAGAAACAUUGAAAGAAUUAAUAAUGAAAUUGAUCAACUGAUGAAUCAAAUGCAACAGAUAGAAACGCAGCAAAGGAAAUUCAAGGCUUCCAGAGACAGCAUUUUGUCAGAGAUGAAGAUGCUGAAAGAAAAGAGACAGCAGUCAGAAAAAACGUUUAUGCCUAAGCAACGGAGUUUACAAAGUUUAGAGGCAAGUUUACAUGCUAUGGAAUCAACCCGAGAAUCAUUAAAAGCAGAACUGGGAACAGACCUGUUGUCUCAACUUAGCUUAGAGGACCAAAAACGAGUUGAUGCACUUAAUGAUGAAAUCCGACAGCUACAGCAAGAAAACAGACAGCUUUUGAAUGAGAGAAUCAAGCUUGAAGGCAUCAUCACUAGAGUUGAAACCUACCUCAAUGAAAAUUUAAGGAAGCGUUUAGACCAAGUUGAGCAGGAGCUCAACGAAUUGAGAGAGACAGAAGGUGGCACUGUUCUUACAGCCACAACGUCUGAACUUGAGGCAAUCAACAAACGAGUAAAGGAUACAUUGGCACGAUCAGAUGACCUGGACAAUUCAAUUGAUAAAACAGAAGCUGGAAUAAAAGAACUUCAGAAGAGCAUGGAACGUUGGAAGAAUAUGGAGAAAGAACACAUGGAUGCUAUUAAUCAUGACACAAAAGAACUUGAAAAGAUGACUAACAGGCAAGGUAUGCUUCUGAAGAAAAAAGAAGAAUGUAUGAAGAAAAUCAGAGAACUGGGCUCUCUUCCCCAAGAAGCAUUUGAAAAAUACCAGACUUUGAGCCUAAAGCAGCUCUUUCGUAAACUGGAACAAUGCAACACAGAAUUGAAAAAGUAUAGCCACGUUAAUAAAAAAGCUCUCGAUCAAUUUGUGAACUUUUCAGAACAGAAAGAAAAAUUGAUAAAACGUCAAGAAGAGUUAGAUAGGGGCUACAAAUCCAUCAUGGAAUUGAUGAAUGUCCUUGAACUCAGAAAAUAUGAAGCUAUCCAGCUGACUUUCAAACAGGUAUCAAAGAAUUUCAGCGAAGUGUUUCAGAAGCUGGUACCUGGGGGCAAAGCAACACUUGUGAUGAAGAAAGGUGAUGUGGAAGGUAGUCAGUCUCAAGAUGAAGGUGAAGGCAGUGCUGAGAGUGAAAAGGGAUCAGGAUCUCAAAGCAGUGUUCCAUCUGUAGACCAGUUCACUGGCGUUGGAAUUAGGGUGUCCUUUACUGGUAAACAAGGUGAAAUGAGAGAAAUGCAGCAGCUUUCUGGUGGACAGAAAUCAUUAGUGGCUCUUGCCUUGAUUUUUGCAAUCCAGAAAUGUGAUCCUGCUCCAUUUUACCUCUUUGAUGAAAUUGAUCAAGCCCUGGAUGCCCAGCACAGGAAGGCUGUUUCAGAUAUGAUCAUGGAAUUAGCAGAACACGCUCAAUUCAUUACCACAACAUUCAGACCUGAACUGCUUGAAUCUGCUGAUAAGUUCUAUGGUGUAAAAUUCAGAAAUAAGGUAAGCCAUAUUGAUGUGAUCACUGCAGAGAUGGCCAAAGACUUUGUGGAAGAUGAUACUACUCAUGGCUAAGUGGACAACAACUGCCAAUCUUAUAAGAAAAUGUAAAAUAUUUUAACAAACAUUGGGCAAUUGUAUAAUUCUAAAUAUGCAGUCACUGUUUAGCAGCUACUUUAAUAUACUUAUUUCAUAAUUUCCUUGGUGUCCUCUGUAUGUACAUGUGUUGUUGUAUUCUUUUAGAAAAUAUCUGUUUUAUAUGUGAAGCUUGAAAAUAUGCUCUCUGGAAGUUUUUUGUAAAAUGAUUUUCUUGUUUAAAUAUGUCUAUUAUCAAAUAUGUCUAUUCAGUUCUUGCUUUCUAGUGGUGAUCUUACUGUUAUAUUGUCUCACAUGAUUUUUUUUAAAAAACAGCUUCAAUAAAAUAAUUGUUUUUAGUGCUAUAA